ACACGCCGCGAGCAAAGCUCAGCAUGGAAACUUCCUGGUGGCCAUCAAGCAGGAGAAGGGAGAGGCGGCGCGGACGAGCGGCGAGAAGCCACAUGGCGAGGAGGAGCCAGUGAAGAAGAGGGGCUGGCCCAAGGGCAAGAAGAGGAAGAAGAUCCUUCCCAAUGGCCCUAAAGCCCCCGUGACGGGCUACGUGCGUUUCCUGAACGAGCGGCGCGAGCAGAUCCGCACACAGCAUCCUGACCUGCCCUUCCCCGAGAUCACCAAGAUGCUGGGGGCUGAGUGGAGCAAGCUGCAGCUUUCGGAGAAGCAGCGGUACCUGGACGAAGCGGAACGGGAGAAGCAGCAGUACAUGAAGGAAUUGCGGGAGUACCAGCAGUCAGAGGCCUACAAGAUGUGCACGGAGAAGAUCCAGGAGAAAAAGAUCAAGAAAGAGGAUGCGGGCUCUGCGGCUGUGAACACCCUGCUGAAUGGGCACCCGCACAAGGCUGGUGAGUGCAGUGACACUUUCUCCACCUUCGACGUGCCCAUCUUCACGGAGGAGUUCUUGGACCAAAACAAAGCCCGAGAGGCUGAGCUGCGGCGCCUGCGGAAGAUGAACACGGAGUUUGAGGAGCAGAACGCCAUCCUGCAGAAGCACACAGAGAGCAUGAACUGUGCCAAGGAGAAGCUAGAGCAGGAGCUGGCCCAGGAGGAGAGGCAGACGCUGGCCUUGCAGCAGCAGCUGCAGUCCGGGCGGCAGGGCCCCCCCGCCAGCCUCCCCCCCCCCCGGCACUGGGGAAACCCCCACGCUGAGCACUCUGGACUUCUACAUGGCCAAACUGCACAGUGCCAUUGAGAGCAACCCGCUGCAGCACGAGAAGCUGGUGGUGCGCAUCAAGGAGAUCC